UCGAAUAAAAAGCAGGAGUCAAUGUCAAUAAUUGUCUCCCAAAUUUCCAUUUCAAUUCAAUCGCCCUUUGUAGUUUUUCGGAGCAGAGAGAACGCCAACUGUCUUUAAACCUAUACAGACUCGCAAUUCAUUAGCAUCAGACGCAGCCCCAACAUUUAUUAUAUGUCCAUGAUGAAGCCCGAAGAAAGAUCAUUCAAGAGGCUCAAAUUUGAGACGCAGACACAGAAGCUGAUGAAUUUUCCGAUUGAGAUUGUGGAUCUUGAAGAUGAUGAAUUCUUUUUAACGCCCAUUCUACAAAAGGGCGGCACCACUAAGGACACUGCCAUCGCAGUUGAUCACUACACUGAAGAUAAAGAACUCCAGCAUGCUCUCAUGGCUUCUCUUUUUAAACCCACCACCGACACCACCACCACUCUACAAAACUUAAUUCAUCUCGACAACUACAACGAUGACUUCGACGAUUUACAUGUACUUAAUUUUAAGCCCCUAAACACUCGUUUUUCUAAAAGAAGAAAACCCUUUUCAAAUCCUUCCGUAACCGAAACUGGGCAGUCUUCAAAUUCUCAAAACGAUGAUGGCCCGGAGUUUAUUUGUGAGAUCUGCGUCGAACCCAGGACUGCAAAUGACUCAUUUAACAUAAAGGGUUGCUCUCAUGCGUACUGUAAGGACUGCACGGCCAAAUACGUGGCCUCAAAGUUGCAAGAAAACAUUACUUCUAUCCCCUGUCCAGUACCGGACUGUGGAGGAUCGUUAGAGCCCGAGUACUGUAGAAAUAUUCUUCCUCAAGAUGUUUUUGAUCGGUGGGGAAGUGCCUUGUGUGAGGCUGUGAUUCUCGAGGCACAAAAGUUUUAUUGUCCGUACAAAGAUUGUUCAGCGCUUUUGAUUGACGAUGGAGGAGAGGUUAUAAGUGAAACAAAGUGUCCGAAUUGUAGGAGAAAAUUUUGUGCGCAAUGUAAAGUUCCUUGGCAUGCGGGGAUUGAGUGCAGGGAGUUUCAAGAAUUGAAUAAGGAUGAGAGAAGCGGUGAAGACAUUAAGUUGAUGAAGCUGGCACUGAAAAAGAAGUGGAAGAGGUGUCCUUAUUGUAAGUACUUCGUUGAGAAGAAAUCAGGUUGCAUGCAUAUGAAGUGCAGGUGUGGACAUGCAUUCUGUUACAACUGCGGAGAACCUUAUACUCUCACUUCUAAUGGUCAUAUUUGUCCUAAGUGUAAGCGUUAAUCCUCUACUUUGUUGGGAUAGGAUUGCAUAAUGGUGCUUAUUUAAGUAAUCUUGUGCAUAGUACUAAAAUUUAUGAAAGAUGAUGUUGAGAAAUCAAUCUAGAUUUCUUAAAAUUUUGUGAUAAAGAAAUAUCUUUGUUAAGAUGGCCGAGGAGUUUUAUUUCUUCAUCUUUUUUGUUACCUUAGAUUAGGAGAAUACAUAUAUUCUUUUUUUGCGUAUAAAAGAAAUAAUCAUACAAAGGCCUAGACAAAAGAUCUCAAGCCCCUCCCAAGGAUUACAAAAAUUAGUACCUGAUGGGAACCCACUUCCAAAUUAAUAAGAAUUGGGCUAGGCAAUGGGCCUUUGAUAAGAAUUGGGCUGUGGUCCUUUAAUAGGAAUUGAGUUGGGUAGUGGUCAUUUUGUGGGUUUGGGUAGAACUCUCAUUGGAAACCGACUUGCCAAGGGAGGGUGCCCAAGCCCUUUAUAACCCACAUGCCCACCAUUUUCCCUUCAAAUGUGAGAUCCUAACAUACCACCACGCUUCCGCAACCAACAUCUACGUCAGUUUCUUUACCCCUUGGGUGACUACGCGGAUCUCCUUUUCCUUGGGCCUCUUUACCCUUUAGGUGACUAUGCGGAUCCCCUUUUCUUCGGGCCUCUUUACCUUUUGGGUGACCACGCAAAUCCCCUUUCUUUUAGGCCUCCAUGCCCUUUCUCGGGAUAGCAGCUCAGGCCUUGUUAUGUAGACGUAAGAUUAUGCUCUGAUACCAAUUGAUAGGAACAUACUCCCAAAUCGAUAAGAAUUAGGUUGAGCAAUGGGCCUUUGAUAGGAAUUGGGUUGGACAGUGGUCCUUUUGUGGGCUUGGGUAGAACUCUCAUUGGAAAACUGGUUUGCUAGGGAAGGGUGCCUAAGCCCUUUAGAACUCACAUGUCUACCUUUUUUCCUUCUAACGUGGAAUCCUAACAGUAUCACACUAAAAGGCUUGAUGAAUCUUGUUUAUGGCUGCAAUGCUUGCCAUGAAAACGAAGGAAAGAUGUGAUACAAAUUGGGCAUUGGGCAUUGCGUAUUGGGUUGAGCAGGAGGAAGCAAAGCAAUAUUAGAUAUGUGCGCAAUGAAAAUGAAGAGGAGAAAGGUAUAAUACAAAUUGGGCAGUGCUUUAUAAAAUAAACCAGUAUGAGUUUGGCUAAAAGAAGAUGAACAUUUCAUUAGUUGAAACAGGACACAGCCUUCCACAGCAAGUGCUGCUGGUUUUUCUAUUAGCUUUGAAUAUCUAUAUCUCUUUAAUGACACUAAUUGCUCUCUGAUAAAUGUCAUUGUAAGUUUAAACAUCCAAACAGUAAAUAAUAAAUAAUGAUGACUAUUUAUUUUAUUUUUUAUUAUUUUCUUUUUUAAGGAAGGGUAUCUUUCUCCAUUCAAACUAUCUU